AUGGAUGAUGAUCGCGUGCCGUCAAAGUCAAAUAGUACAGUACACAUCUACAAUUAUCCCCCUGUCCCUGUCCUGGUCCGAGUCCUCAAUACUCACUCACCGCCUAUUCUUCCCAAGAGUCCCAAACCCACAAACGUCGUAAAGCUGGAUUCCCAAGACACCCCACCACCUCUGCACUUUUCGCCAGCUGCGAGCGAUCGCGAACGCUCAUCGACGGCAGAGACGACUCCUAUAGGCACUCCAAGGGGCUUUGGCGCUGCUUUACCGCGCAAAGCAGACAAGGAGAAGGAGAACUGGCUCGCUUGGCACCACAAGCACAGUGGGUUUGGCGGUAGUUCCUACGUGGACUCGACCCUUCUCGAUUCCGACUUCGAGGAUACCACUUUUCCACUCUUCAAUGACCCGGCACCUUUCCUAAACAUGGGGAGUCGUACCACACCCAUCGACAUCGCCACAUCUUCUCGCGCCGCUUCCCCUCGGAAUACCCAGACCUCGAAUCUCACCUCUGCUCUCCAAUCUACCUCUGGCAACGAGGCACGACCAACCACCGCAAUGGACAUGAGUGGGACGCCAUUCAAAGGAUUUGGAGGAUUUGGAGGAGCUACACCAGCGUCUCAGCACAGCGAGGCGCAACCCAUAUCAGUGAAUGCCUCCAACCGAGAGAAGCCACGGAGGGAGAGUCUCGCUGGUAGCAUGGUCACUGGCAUGAGCUGGGGUGGUAAUUCAGUCGGAAGUUGGAUUCGCGAUGAUAUCAUCAUGCAAGGGACUUCCCCUUUCGCUUACCAAUCUCCGUCAUUUCAUUCUUCGUCCUACCUUCCCAAGUUGGAGGCCAACUUCAUGCGAGACUUUUCAUGCUGCGGAAUGACGCUUCCUUCGCUCCACGAAUUACUACAACAUUAUGAGGAGAACCAUACGGAUCAAGUGCAGCCCUCGAUGCAAAAGCAGAUUCCAAUUGGAUCAGCCGUUCGAGCAGAUCCCAAGGCUGCGAUCGCAGCUACAACGGUGGACGCCGUACGGAGCCAGGGUCGAGCUCAGCAACAACACCAACAACAACAGCAGCAGGCCGAGUCAUCGCAAAAAGGACAAGCAACGCCUCAACGCUCGUCUACUCCAGUCACUCCAAGACAGGCCCAACCUUCGGCGCAAGUGACCCGAGGCUUCGCGCCUAUGCAGCCUAAGAUCGAACCAGACGACGACGCCAUGGGGGACAUGGAAAUGGAUGAUGACUUUCCAAACCUACAACAGACAAAUUAUCCAGCGCAAAAUCAAGCCAGGAUAACGCAGCGGUCUCAGUUCGGUCAACCUGCUUCAAGUAGGUUACCAAACCUGGAUAUCAAUACCAUGAACAUGGGUAAUCCAUUGCAACAACAUCAGGGUUUACGGAACUCUCAACCUACAACUCCAGUGUCGGCUGGCAGGAACGGAACUUUAUACUACAACAAUCCUACGGUAUCGUCGGUGAAUACUCCUACUCUGACCACAUAUCCCAGCGCGCAUCCUCUGCAACAGCAAUACUAUACACCUGAAUCAUCAACUCCCGGUACACCUGGCGAAUUGGAGGGAGACUUCCUUGGCAAUUUGGGAAACAUGAACAUGGGCAACAUGCAAUACAUGCAGAGUCAGAAUCAAGGAUAUGUUGGCUUCGACUUUAGCAAUGAUAGCGGCGGUAUGGGCGACUAUUGCAUCGACGAGCCUGCAAAAAGACUGUUCAGCCUCAACGGUGGCUUCAACCGACCGCAACAGCCUGCUCAACCCACUUCGGCUACUCAGCUCGGCGAUGGGCAAUACAGCGAGAACAGUGAGCUCGCAAAGACGAUAAGAGAACAACAAAAGCUGGCCGGUGUGCCUGAUCCCUCAGCUGAUGGCGGUGUGCCUAAACCUUUCCACUGCCCCGUUAUCGGGUGUGAGAAGGCAUACAAGAACCAGAAUGGCUUGAAGUAUCAUAAGAGCCACGGCCACAACACUCAAACUCUCAAAGACAACAACAACGGCACCUUUUCCAUCGUCGAUCCCGAAACUCUGGACCCCUAUCCUGGUACUUUGGGCAUGGAAAAGCACAAGCCAUACCGUUGUGACACUUGUGGGAAACGCUACAAGAAUCUCAACGGCCUCAAGUAUCACAAGAACCACUCUCCAAACUGUGAUUCCGAGAUCCAGAAUCCGUACCCUCAUCCUACCAGCAGGACUGACAUGUCUGACAUGUCGACCAACGAGAUGGUCAUGUAA